GUGGCGGGCGGGCGGGCCUGGCGGCCGGGGGUUUUAGGACGUGAGCUGGAGGCCUGCCGGACAGACUGACGUGUGAGCCGCAUCGCGGGAGGCGCAUGGCGGGGAUGGCGCUGGCGCGGGCCUGGAAACAGAUGUCCUGGUUCUACUACCAGUACCUGCUGGUCACGGCGCUCUACAUGCUGGAGCCCUGGGAGCGGACCGUGUUCAAUUCCAUGCUGGUUUCCAUUGUGGGGAUGGCACUAUACACAGGAUACGUCUUCAUGCCCCAGCACAUCAUGGCGAUAUUGCAUUACUUUGAAAUUGUGCAAUGACCAAGAUGCGACCAGGAUCAGAGGUUCCUUGGGGAAGACCCACCCUAUGAAGUUGGAAUGAGACCAUCAGAUGUGAUAGGAAACUCUUCUAGAUGUCAACAUAACCAACCUUAUAAAGACUAAAAUUCAUGAGUACAACAGGAAAAUCAUCCUGACUCAUGUGUUGUGUUAUUUUUAAUUUUCAAAGAGGCUCCUGUAUAGCAGUUUUUGUCUAUUUUAACAUUGUAGCCAUUUGUACUUUGAUAUCAGUAUUUUCUUAACCUUUGUGACUGUUUCAAUAUUACCCCUGUGAAAGCUUUUCUUAAUGUAACUUUGAGUACAUUUUAAUUGCCUUCUAUUUUUAAAACUCAAAAUCAUUAGUUGGGCUUUACUGUUCUUGCUAUUGUAUGGCAUAUACAUCUGCCUGGAUAUAUUUCUACUCUUGACCAAAGUUUUGUAAGAACAAUAUAAGAUUUCGGGUAGGGGUAUGGGGAGGGAAGAUAUUUUAUUCAGAACUACUUACAAAAGACUUAUCUGUAAGCUUGAACUCAGGAGUACAGUUUUAGCUAUCUAGACUCUUAACAGCUUUUGCUUUAAAACUAUUAAAGUGUUUCUUAAUGAAAAAGAAAAGAUCUUUAGCUAAAGUUAAAAUAAGAAACAUUUCACCUUUUAAAUAUUUAAUUAUUUGUGCAUUUAUUUCCAGAAAACUUUGGUGAUAAUUAUUGAGACAAAAGGUGGUUAAGUAGCAUUAUUAUGUAAUGCUUAUAUAUCAUAGAUUUUUUAAUAGAAGAUAAAUCCAUUUCCUUUGAGGGUCACUGUUAACAGUGUACUUCCUUAAAUUUAGUUUAAUGACUGUAAUGGGUGCUGCAUUUGCACACUGCAUUAAGUUAUGAUGAGAUGAAUUGUUGUUAAAAAUUAUAGCAAAAACAAAUGUAAACUUGGUUAAAAUCCUUUCACUCUUUGUAUUUUUUUUUUAAGAUUUUUAUUCCUUAAAUGUAAAAUGACUACCUAAUUUUUUGAUGUAAAUUCAUUAAAUGCAAAGAGAAAAAAAA